AUGGAACUUUUAAGGGAAUCUCAAGGAUUAAUUGUUACACAGAGAAAGUUUACCUUAGAAUUGUUGUCUGAAUUUGACUGUCUUGACAAGAAACCUACUGCUUCUCCACUUGAGCCAUCUACUAAACUUUAUGCUGAUGUUGGUGAGCUUUUGCCUGAUCCUACUGUUUAUCGUCGCCUACUGGGAAAGCUCAAUUUUUUGACUCAUACCCGCCCAGAUUUAUCCUUUGUCGUUCAGCAUUUGAGUCAAUACAUGCAAACUCCUCGACAACCUCAUUUUCAAGCAGCCAUUCACUGUGUUCGAUACUUACUUGCCAAUCCUGGUCUUGGUUUGUUUUUUAGAACUGAUCCCUCUUUUCAGCUACUUGCCUUUUGUGAUUCUGACUGGGAUUCUUGUCCGGAGACUCGUCGCUCUGUUAGCGACUAUUUCAUUAGCCUUGGUGGCCCUCCUGUUUCUUGGAAAUCAAAGAAACAACCUUUAAUUUCCCUCUCCUCUGCUGAAGCAGAGUAUAGAUCCAUGAGGCGCGUUGUUGCCGAACUUACUUGGCUCGUUCGUUUGCUAUCUGACCUCACUAUUUCACCAUCUCUACCGGUCUCUCUUCAUUCUGAUAGUCAAGCUGCCAUACAUAUCGCUCGGAAUCCCGUUUUCCAUGAGCGUACCAAGCAUGUGGAGCUUGACUGUCAUUUUGUUCGCCAACAGUUCCUUGACGGCCUCAUUACUCUCAAUUUUGUUCCCUCCGUUUCUCAGCUUGCCGACGUCUUCACCAAACCUCUCACUGGCCUUCGUCAUCAGCAGGUUAUCGGCAAGUUAGGGGUUUCUUCUCACCCCUCCAACUUGAGGGGGGGUGUUGACAAUAAUGUUCUUGUUUCUCAUCGACAAAGAACCAAAGAAGAUGAAAGAAAAAUUAGGGCUUUGGUUGCAUCGAAUGAAAGAGGAAAACGUUUUGAUAAGUUUAAGGAAAGGAUAGCCCAAUAG